CGGAUUCAGGCUGUUCUGAGUGCAAAAGGGGUGCAACUCAAUAUUAGGAAGGUGUUCCUAAUGUUUUGUGACCUCAGUGUAUGUUAAAAUGUACUUUAUUGAUUUAAAAAAAGAUGAACAUUGCUAAUUGACAUGAGUGAAACACAGACUCUAGUGAAAUUUAAAGAUGGGGAAAACACAGAGUGUCCUUGAGAAGAAAGGAUACACUACCCAGAAGGAGGUAGAGAAUGGUGUCAUAGCUACUGACAAACAUGGUGACCAGUUUGUCAUUAAAGAGAUCAAACUGAAUGAGACAUCUGUCCUGAACUCCAGUGCUGGAGAAAUUGUCUCAGAGGUUGAAUGCCUCAGACAGAUUAGUCACCCCCACAUUGUAAGCUACAAAAACUCAUUUCCAGAGGAUAACUGCUACUAUAUAGUGACAGACCAUUGUGCGAAGGGAAAUCUCUCUCAGAAGAUACAAGAGCAGAAGACAAACCCUACAGAAGAUUACUCUGAGAAGAUUAUGGACUGGUUUGUCAAGAUCUGCAUGGCCCUGAAGCAUGUACAUGACCAGGGCCUUCUUCACAGAGAACUGAGACCCCAGAGCAUACUUCUCACAGAAUUUGAAACACUUCGUUUGGGAGCGUUUGGAAGUGUCAAUGAAAAGACUACCAACGAGGAUGGAAUGGUGGGUUAUUUAGGCCCAGAGAUUCUAACUGGUGGAAUAUAUGACACCAAAAGUGAUAUUUGGUCCUUGGGAUGUGUGCUGUAUGAGUUGUGUAUGCUUCAGGGUGCAUUCACUGCAGUGAACACAACGAACCUCAUUAAAAAAAUAUUGAGGGGAUCUUACCCAUCCCUACCAAAGAGCUUCUCACCGGAGCUCUGCGAACUCCUGUGUGACAUCUUCCAACAAGACCCGACCAUUAGGCCUUCAGCUGGUGACAUCAUGGCAAAACCCUUCAUUAUCAGUUUCCUCAAAAAAAAGAGUGAGAAAACUGUGGAGGAACUCCAGGCAACCUUGGACAAGCUGAGAACUCUGGCAGGUGGCUUGGAGAGUAUUCACAAAGGCACCACCAUAGGCAGUCUGACAGGAGGUGUUAUUGGGGCAGCUGGAGGAAUCACCUCUUUAGUCGGGCUCAUCAUGGCUCCCUUCACUCUGGGCGCCUCCCUCAUCGUCACUGGGGUGGGUAUUGGGAUUGCUGUCACUGGUGGUGCCACAGCGGGAGUAUCCAACAUCACCAACAUGGUCAAUCAGUCCACCGACCGCCUAGCCAUGAAAAACAUCAUCAAGGAGUUCCAGGAGAAGAUGAACUCUGUGGUGACAUCUCUACAAGACAUCGCUGAGGGUUUGGAGACACUCAUGAAAAGUAGCUCUUCUAAGACAGAAAGUGCCGGUUUAAAUAUAGAGGCCGCUGCUAGUGCUGGGGUGAGGGUUGGGAAAGGCGUUGCGGGCACCACAGAGCUCUUCCGAUAUCUCCGGGUAGCCAAUAUUGGCAAGGUGGCAGCCCAAACUGCCAGGGCAGUGCGUGUGGCAGAGGUGGCGACAGGAAUAUUUUCAGCUUUUUUUGUAGCGGUUGAUAUCUUCUUCAUUGCCAUGGAUGCCAAAGAGAUCCACAACAUCCGACAGGCGAAGGCAAAUGAUACCAGUAAGUUAAAAGCGAUGGACACAGACUCCUUCACUGAGCUGAAGCCUGGAUGUGAAGAACCAAAGGCUGAGGUCAAGUCAGAGACCAUGAAGUUCAUCCAGACGAUCAGACAGACAGCUGAACGGCUACAGGAGAGCCUGGACGAACUGAGGGAUGUCAUCUCGUUCAUUCCUGAGAUAGAGGAUUGUUACUUAGACGACUGACCUACUCAGUGAUUAUAUUAGAUGCAUAAACAACAGAUCCAAUCAUACUUUAAUAUGCAUAUAACUUGUCUGCAAAAGACAGGCAUAGGCAGAUUGCCUUUCUGAUUCCCAGAACCUGAUUAAAUCCUUAAGACAUUGCUUGUAGAACUCAGCUACGAUAACUAAGUGGUAAAGAUCAAUAUCACAAGACGCCUCUACUUCUGAAACAUUUAGUUUUAUAUCAUAACCGUGUCAUGGAAUUAUUCUAAUCAAAAGGAGACACUUUAACAUUUCUUCAAAACAAGUCAACUUUAUUAUUUAAUUACUGCAGUAAUGGAGCUUGUCAACGAGCCCCCCACCCCCCCCCCCACCCUGAGGGUGAGGGGUCCUGAAGACACGGUAACAUUGCACAAUGUUUCAAAGACCUUCACUGGACUUUAUACAAACUGGAAACCACAUAUCCUGAGGCUGCAUUUAUUGUAGCUGGGAUUUUAACACAGCAAAUUUGAGGAAAACGCUCCCGAAGUUCUACCAACCUAUUGACUGUAGUACUCGUGCUGCUAAAACACUCAACCACUGCUACACCAACUUCCGGGAUUCCUACAAAGCCCUCCCCCGCCCUCUCUUCAUCAAAUCUGAUCACGACUCCAUUUUGCUCCUCCCUUCCUAUAGGCAGAAACUCAAACAGGAAGUACCUGUGCUAAGGACUCUUCAACACUAGUCUGACCAAUCAGAAUCCACACUUUAAGAUAGUUUUGAUCAUGCAAACUGGGAUAUGUUCCGGGGUAGUUAAGUCCCAGGGUUCUUAGCUUAUUGCUGAGCUUUGAGUACGCUAUGGUGUUGAACGCUGAGCUGUAGUCAAUGAAUAGCAUUCUCACGUAGGUGUUCCUUUUGUCCAGCUGGGAAAGGGCAGUGUGGAGUGCAAUAGAGAUUGCAUCAUCUAUGGAUCUGUUGGGGCGGUAUACAAAUUGGAGUGGGUCUAGGGUUUCUGGGAUAAUGGUGUUGAUGUGAGCCAUGACCAGCCUUUCGAAGCACUUCAUGGCUACAGACGUGAGUUCUACGGGUCGGUAGUCAUUUAGGCAGGUUACCUUAGUUCUUGGGCACAGGCACUAUGGUGGUCUGCUUAAAACAUGUCGGUAUUACAGACUCGAACAGGGAGAGGUUGAACAUGUCAGUGAAGACUCUUGCCAGUUGGUCAGUGCAUGCUCGCAGUACACGUCCUGGUAAUCCAUCUGGCCCUGCGGCCUUGUGAAUGUUGACCUGUUUAAAGAUCUUAAUCACAUUGGCUGCGGAGGACAUGAUCACACAAUCUUCCAGAACAGAUGGUUCUCUCAUGCAUGUUUCAGUGUUAUUUGCCUCGAAGCGAGCAUACGACGUAGCUUAUCUCGUCUGGUAGGCUCGUGUCACUGGUCAACUCUCGGCUGUGCCUCCCUUUGUAGUCUGUAAUGGUUUGCAAGACCUGCCACAUCUGACGAGAGUCAGAGCCGGUGUAGUACGAUUCGAUCUUAGUCCAUGCAUUGAAGGUUUGACUGUUUGAUGGUUCGAAGCGGGAUUUCUUAUCAGCUUCCGGGUUAGAGUCCCGCUCCUUGAAAGCGGCAGCUAUAGCCUUUAGCUCAGUGUGGAUGUUGUCUGUAAUCCAUGGCUUCUGGUUGGGGUAUGUACGUACGGUCACUGUGGGGACGACGUCAUCAAUGCACUUAUUGAUGAAGCCAAUGAUUGAUGUGGUGUACUCCUCAAUGCCAUCGGAGGAAUCCUGGAACAUAUUCCAGUCUGUGCUAGCAAAGCAGUCCUGUGCUUAGCAUCUGCUUCAUCUGACCACUUUCUUUUGAUCUAGUCACUGGUGCUUCCUGCUAUAAUUUUUUACUUGUAAGCAAGAAUCAGGAGGACAGAAUUAUGGUCAGAUUUGUCAACUGGAGGGUGAGGGAGAGCUUUGUAUGCAUUUCUGUAUAUGGAGUAAAGGUGGUCCAGAGUUGUUUUCCCUCUGGUUGCACAUUUAACAUGAUAGAAAUCUGGUAAAAAGGAUUUAAGUUUCACUGCACUAAAGUCCUCAUUCACUGUCCCCGCCUUUGGGUGAGCGUGUUCUUGUUUGCUUAUGGCGGAAUACAGCUCAUUCAAUGCUGUCUUAGUGCCAGCCGCUGACUGUGGUGGUAUGUAAACAGUUACGAAACAUACAGAUAAAAACUCUCUAGGUAUGUAGUGUGGUCUACAGUUUAUCAUGAGAUACUCUACCUCAGGCGAGCAAUAGCUCGAGGCUUCCUUAGAUAUCGUGCACCAGCUAUUAUUUACACAAAUAAAAGCUGGUGCCUCAAAGCGAGCAUAGAAGUAGUUUAGCUCACCUGGUAGGCUCGUGUCGAUGUCCUCCAUUGCUCCUCUACCCAAGAAAGCAAAGGUAACUGAACUGAAUGACUAUCGCCCAAUAAGCACUGACAUUUGUCAUCAUGAAGUGCUUGAAAAGCUAGUUAACGAUCCUAUUACCUCUACCUUACCAGAUACCCUAGACCGACAUCAAUUUGCUUACUGCCACAAUAGAUCCACAGAUAAUGCAAUCGCCAUUGCACUACACACUGACCUAUCCCAUCUGGACAAGAGGAAUAGCUACAGUGGGGCAGAGAAGAGAGAGGAAUGGUUGGUAGGUGAUCAAAUACUUGUCAUACAAUAAAAUGCUAAUGAAUUACUUAAAAAUCAUACAAUGUGAUUUUCUGGAUUUUAGUUUUAGAUUCCAUCUCUCACAGUUGAAGUGUACCUAUGAUUUUUUUUAAAUGACAGACCUCUACAUGCUUUGUAAGUAGGAAAACCUGCAAAAUCGGCAGUGUAUCAAAUACUUGUUCUCCCCACUGUAGCUCAUCCUUAUAUUUUUAUAUUCCUUAAUUCCAUUAUUUUAGGUUGUGUGUAUUGUUGUGAAUUGUAAGAUAUUACUGCACUGUUGGAGCUAGAAACACAAGAUUUUCUCUACACCCGCAAUAACAUCUGCUAAAUAUGUGUAUGAGACAAAUAACAUUUGAUUUGAUUUGACGUAGAACGGUGUAGAAAGGAAAGAGACAGGACCAGGGGCUACCUAGGUAGCCGAGUGGUUUCGUGUGAAUUUUGACAUUACUUACCUACAAGUUUUAGAAUGGGGGACUCAGACCCUGGUGCUGCCGUGUUUGUCUGGGACUCUGGGACUCUCAGUGAAGAUGUCACACCCUGAUCUGUUUCACCUGUCUUGUGCUUGUCUCCACCCCCCACCAGGUGUCUCCCAUUUGUCCCCAUUAUCCCCUGGGUAUUUAUACCAGUGUUUUCUGUUUGUCUGUUGCCAGUCUUCUCCUGUCAAGUCUUACCAGCGUGGUUUUCCAUUUUUGAGUCUUUCUAGUUCUGACCAUUAUGCCUGCCCAGGCAUGUCCCCUUGUAUAAUAUAUAUUUUGACCUGUUUCUGGGUCAUAUCCUGAGUCAUGAUCGAAGUGAACCUGAAUGACUUCAUGGUACAGAUUCAGCCUGAACAGGCACAGGACAUAGAGACUGAAGUUCUUCUCAGAUCCAAGCACCAGCCCUAGCCAAGACAAUCAGCAACUGCCAGCCAGACAUGUGUAACCUUCUGAUGGAACUAAGAGCCAUUAAGGCCCGACUGACAGCUUCAGAGAACAGUUGGAGAACCUGAAAAACAUUGAGGCUGCUGUUGACUCCAGCAG